GUCGAUGGAUCCUCAACUCCCCGGCCUCGGGAUUAUUAUUCUGUUACAGCAGCGCGUCGUGGAUGGUUGAGGGCAAGAAGAUCCCUACAUCUGUGCUCUUGACUCUGUGCGAUUACCAUGAACAAACGCUAGCCAUACAAUUGCUGUUGAAAUCAUGUUAGGCCCUCUGGAACUCUCGCUCUUCCCUUCCUGCUAUGACUGCCUCGCGUGGUCGGCAGAUGGGGAGCUCGCGAUCGCCGCCGGAGAGUACAUCCAAAUCUUAACGCCGAAAAACACGGUUGGCCAGUCUGAAUUUGACUCAACCCAAUCCCCCAUUACCAAUUGGCAUUCAAGUCGCUUUCGUGUAAAUGUUUUCACGAACAAUGAGUGGCCGACGAUCGAUCCCCAAAAUCGAGACAACUUCUCGCUGGGCGCCGAGCAAUCGAUCAGUACCGUCGUAGCGUUGGCCUGGUCGCCUCCAGGUCUUGCUAAGUAUAGACGCUGUGUCCUCGCCGUUCUAACCUCGAACCUAAUACUAUCUCUCUACGAACCGGUCGGUUUACAGCGAAAAUGGACCCGAGUCGCCAUAGUUAACGACGCCUUGGGAAAUCAUUUCAAAUCCUCUAUCCAGGAUGAAGCCUUGAACCUGCGAAAGUCCAACAUUCGAUCGUUCGCGUGGUCCCCACCCCUUAAAUUAACAGCUACGGAGACUGCAAGUCCCUACACUGUUCUCCCUACUGAGAGUCGAUGGGGCUGGCACUUGCUUUCAGUCGCAAAUGAUGACAAUGAUGUGAUCUUCUUAAACGUUCAAAGAUCGCCAGCAGAGCUCUCUACUCUUUAUGAAACUGGUGUUCUCUCGGUGACUGCCCUCCCUGAAACAGAGGAAAAUUAUUCACAGCUGCAACCGUCAUCGAUCUUUGCGAAGAUUCUCAAAUCCAAGGUCAAAGUUUUAUCCAUGUCGUGGGGGCCAUGGCUACAUGCAUUAGCGAAGAGCCAGAAAAACUCCGCAAGUGGAUAUCUGGCUGUCACUCAUGGAACGACACUUAGGGUGUUACAACUAGACGUAGAUUUACCAUCUCGCAGCCGUGGAACAAACAUCGAGUUGCAAACCAAGUUGGAUGCUACUUCCAAAGAAACCACCUCCGCUGUAUGCCAUGAAGAUUUGAGUGGAUACCACUUCUCGGGACCUUUGGCAUGGCUUCAUACGGAUGACUCUCCGACUCUUUGUCUGGCCGCGGGUAUCCUGACAGGGCUAUUAUUGAUCAACUUCCCCAAAAAGAAUCAAAAAGGCGCACGUUCGUCUGGUCGGGCCCAAGUGCAGGAAUUGCCGUUCUACGAGACUUCCAAGACUGAAACAGGAGCCAGCACCCCGAGGCACUUGGAACCAAUUACUGCCAUGCUUGUAACAACGGACACUGCAACUCAAACCCCUGUACUCUAUGGCGCCACGGCCGGAGGAUAUAUAGGCGCGGUACCCUUCCAUCACGGCAAGAACGAAGCUUCAAUUCUGCCGGUCCCAUGGCAAGGUCAACUCGAUGACAUACGUGAGAAGUUCGAUUUUGACCGCGACCUUGGCGGCCUAGCUGUUGCGCGAGCUUGGGGUCUCACCUCCUACAAUGGAAUGGUCGCAGCUGGAAUUACCGUGCAUCCAGGGGAUAUGAUCGAAUAUCGCACAGCAGCAGAGGAACGGUUAACGAUCAUCAUAUCACCCGACGCGUCUCAAUCUGAUGGAGCUACGUCUGAAACAGUGGACAACUCCCCGGACCUCCAGCAUCGACGAGAGUCCGUUCUGGGAUACAUUCUACACUUUGAAGACAAUGACGAGAUUAGACAACCAUUGUCUUCGAAGAUCCUCUAUGCGGCAGCGUGCUGCACCAUCGUCGAAUCCACUAAUACGGCUUUGUUGUACCAAGCUCACAAAGUGUUAGUGAGGUUGGCUACAGCCACAGGUGCCGAUGUAACCGAUGAGCUUUCCAAAUGCUCGAUAUCCAAGAAUAAAAUCGCGUCGAAGUCUGCGGAGGCGCUUGAUGGACCAGGUGGCCAGAUGUUUGAACGAUGUGAUAUCUGCGAUGCUGGGAUCGAUUGGUAUUCGAGUCAGGAAGCUCAGUGCGCGACGGGUCACAUCUUUGUUCGCUGUGGCGUGACAUCAUUGGCUAUACAAGACCCUGGAGCAUCGAAACUCUGCUCGUCAUGUGGCAGAGAAUAUUUAAACGAAGAUGGCAUUGAGUCGUUUGAACCUGACUUACAGGACACCUGUCGAAUGCUUUUCGAUGCGUUUGAUACGUGUGUCUACUGCAAUGGCAAAUAUCAAGUCUAGAACUUGGAGCCUGAGGUAAAUUUUGUAUUCUUCAAUCUCU